GGCGUUAGUAGUCGAAAACACGAGAUGACGAGAUUUAGACAUAACCUCGUCGGUCCUGCGAUCGUUCGUGUUCGUUUCCUCCUGUAAUUUGAAAGGGGAAAAAAUAAGAAGAAAAAGAGCGAAUAAUUUGUUACGUAGAAUGAAAUGAGUUUAUUUUUUAAAUUAAAUUAUCAGUACUGAGUUGCUAUAAUUUUCUUGCCGGACGAUACGAUACGGAAAUUUGUUCAAGUUCCUUCCUUUGUAUUUCCCACUACUGGAAGUGAAUACUUCGCUUUGACUCGGCUACGUUUAUCCAGCGAUUAUUUCAGUUAUAUAUAUUUGGAUUUCAAUAUCGAAGAGUCCGAUCGUAGGGUGUAUGUGGCGAUAACGAGGGUUACUUUUGGAAAUGUUGAUACACAGUCGAUACUGUGAAAUUUGUGUGCCGUACUGUGUGUAAGUACGUACGACGGUCAAGCGCGCGCUUUUUUGCGACUAUAAUGGAAUCGGUUGCCGACAACGCGUGCAUCAACGUGGACGAUACCGAGGACGAUACUACGACGGAACCGAUGGACCUGCGAAGAUCGUCAUCUGCCAUUGAUGACUUGAUCGUCGGUGAGGAUGAUGGCACCGUGGCACCGGUGAUGAUAGAGGAAUUGGAUGAGAGUGCCGCUUGCGCUAUGAACGUGGACAUGAACGAAUUCGUUGAAACGACAGCUCUGCGGAUACAGGAAGUAACGGAUAUCUGUCCGCUGUCGCCAUCGCGAAAUCUUACUAAGGAUACCUUUGACACGGAGGAUCAGGAUACGUCGCUCACUGCCGACGAGGAGGAUCGUCUGACAAAACAGUUUUUGAAUGGAGAGUUAACAUUCAGCGAGUAUUCGUCCAAGAUGGAUCGAGACGUGGAUCUGGAAACGACGGAUAUGGACGAUGCCAGAAGAAACAUGACCAUUGAACGGAGCGGUGUGCGAAAGAUCGUGGAACGAAAGAUGCAUAAGCCCAGUAACGUACAGCAGGUGCGCCAAAAGAGAAAGAGACGCAUCUUGCCACCAGUGUUGCAGGGACUUAUGGGCGAGGCGAAUCUGCGCUAUGCAAAGGGAGAGGUUAACCUAGCUGCGCAGAUAUGUAUGGAGAUCAUUAGGCAAGUACCAAGCGCUCCGGAACCGUUUCAGACGCUGGCCAUGAUAUACGAGACCGAUCAGCCGGAAAAGUCGCUGCAAUUUGCUCUGAUUGCCGCGCAUCUCAGUCCAAAGGACGCCGACCAGUGGAUAAGACUGGCCAACUUGUCGCUGGAAGGUGGAGAUAUGAAACAAGCGAUAACGUGUUACUCGAAAGCGAUUCAAGCGAGCCCGAAGGAUGUCGGACUGUACGAGGCGCGAGCGCGACUCCAGGAACAGAACGGUGAUAGAAAGGCGUAUCUGCGGGGGUACGCGAAACUGAUACACCAAUUGGAGGCCGAGGACGGCGAAUGUAUCGUGAGAUACGCCAAGCUCUUGGCCAAGUGUCACAUGGAGGAGGGCAACAACGAACAGGCGUUGGAAGCGAUGGAGGUCAUCUUUGUCAAGUGUCCUUGUCUCAUCACGUUGGAGGAGGUUAACGUCAUGACCGAACUGUUGAUAGCGCUGAAGCGAUUUCAGAAAUGUUUGGACGUACUGACCGAGUACACGGGCAUCCGUAUACGGUACAGGAGAAGCGAUACCGCGACCGAACGAGACCGAACGGCGACCCGUGACGCGGCGAGGCCCGAGGACGUGUCCGACGGUACGACGGUCGAUGAAAUAGAAUCUUGCGACGUGCCGGACGACGUGGUCGUUGACCUGAGAACGAAGCUUCUCGUCACUCUCAUCGAAUUGAAUCACCUUCAGAUAGCCGAUCAGCUUUUACCCGCGUUUUAUAAGCGCGAGGAUCCCGAGACCUCGGGAGAUCUCUUUCUCGAUGUGGCGGAAGCGUUAAUGGGCAGGAAGGAGUUUCAGCGCGCGUUGCUCCUGCUGAAUCCCUUGGUGGAAAGUAGAAAUUUCAGUCUGGCCGCGGUUUGGCUCAGACACGCGGAAUGCUGGGCCGCUUGCAAUGACUUCGACAAAGCUGUGAACUCCUACGAGGCGGUCCGGCGAUUGUCACCGCAGCAUCUAGGUGCGAAAUUAUCGCUGGCAACGCUUUACGAGGACAGCGGACUUUACGAUCGGGCGAUAGAGGUUCUCUAUCAAGACCCCGAGACUGAGACGUUAGAUCCCGACGUUACGUAUCGAAGGACCUUGCUGCUCUUCAAAGUUGGACGAUACGACGAAUACUUUUCCUCGGGGAUGUUACUGCUCUCGAGGCAUUGCGCCAACAUCCGACGAAAGGUCGAACUUAACGCCGUGGCGCGCGCGACCGGUGUUCGUCAGCGCCUCGAGAGCCUGCAACUCCACCGUUUGUCGUGCGGGGAGAAGCUCGAGGAUGAGGACGCUCCGACAUUCACCGACAAUGCGAAACCGAGCGAGAAGAAUGAAUUCUUGCUCUUUCUGCAAAUGUGUAAACUCGCCUGCAGAUUGAGCAAGUACGGUCUCCUCCAGAGAAUCUCCUUCACCGCUCUGACGUCCAAGAGAUUUCAAAAGAGAAACUCCCACAUCAUAUUCCUCUGUUUGAUUUCCUGUAUUCAUAACAAGGACUCGUUCUACGGCUACAACAUCGUGCGAGAAUUCGUACGUGUCUGCCAAAGGUCCAACACGUGGAAUCUGCUCAACAUAAUCAUCCAGAGAGCGGAGGACUUGAGACACAACAGAUUCAUCAUGCGAUUGCUCGGAAGAGAGGACGUCUUUUCGUAUUUGCACAUCAUGCACGCGAACAACUGUCUCGUUUCGGGAACGUACAAGUACGCCUUGAACGGUUACAUAUCUCUCUUCAAAGUAGCACCUAGCGCGCUGCUGGCUCUCCUGAUAGGUGUGACGCAGCUACAAAUGGCCUGUCAGAAAAUGUCGGCCAAGAAGAAUCAACUUGUGAUUCAAGCGUUGGCUUUCUUCAAAAAGUACAUGCAGUUACGUGCCAACGGCCAACAAGAAACGUAUUACAACAUGGCGCGAGCGUUUCACCAAAUUGGUUUGUUACCGUCCGCGAUUCAUUUCUACAAAUUGGUCCUCGACGAAGAUCCAGGAGACUUGGUCAAACAACACGCCAAUCUGUUGGACCUGCGGAAGGAAGCAGCUUUUAAUUUACACCUGAUUUACCUUCAAUCUGAAAAUUAUCUUCUCGCCAGAAUGUAUCUGGAGAAUUACAUAACUGUUUGAUGUGUGUACUUACUUUGCGUUAGCGCAUCUCUUUGUUCGAGUCUUCGUGAAGAUACGAACCUUCUUUCAUUCGACGGGACAUUACGCGUGUGUUUAAUUUGUUCCCCUAUCUUUGCGCGAGCGUUUCAUACUCCAGGAAUGAGAAUAACGUGUGUCCAUAAAAUAUGGAAGUGCGUAACGUCGUCCGAGAGAUAACCGGCUCCUGAGAAGCCGUUCGCCUCUAAACUAGGCUGUUAUACAUUUCUUUUUUUUCAUGUAUCUUUGUUAUCGCUACAUGUGAUGGAAUAAUAUAGAAUAGAAUCGUGAAA